UCUCUCUCUCUCUCUCUCUCUCUCUCUCUCUCUCUCUCUCUCUCUCUCUCUCUCUGUGUCAGGUUGACUCGGUGUUGCUGAUGAGGAAGCUGUGCCCGAACUACGACCGGCAGGACGGGCUCGAGACGGUGCUCGAGGUCCCGAUCCCGGAGGAGAUGUUCGCCCCCGCGAGCAAGCCCUCCAGCAGGUCGUGGGCCCACAUGAAGUCCUGGAUGCGCCCCUCGGGCCACGACAAGCCCUCCCCGGCGCUGACCGCCCUCUUCGGCGGUGGCCGGAGCGCGGAGGUCCAGCUCCUCCUCGGCGUCGUCGGCGCCCCGCUGGUCCCUCUCCCCAUAAGCCGCCGCCCACCACACCACGACGGCGCCGCCCCCCCCAUCGCCGCCGACAUCAAGGAUCACCCCAUCGAAGCAUCCAUGGCGAAGUACAUAGUGCAGCAGUACGUGGCGGCGUCGGGCGGCGAGCAGGCGCUGGGCGCGGUGGAGAGCAUGUACGCCAUGGGGAAAGUGAGGAUGGCGGUGUCGGAGAUGUGCUCCGGCGAGGAGGGCAAGUCGAAGCCGGCGGUGGCCACGGUGAAGAGCAUGCGGCAUGGGGCCGGGGAGCUGGGCGGGUUCGUGCUGUGGCAGAAGAGGCCGGAGCUGUGGUGCCUCGAGCUGGUGGUCUACGGCUACAAGAUCAGCGCCGGCAGCGACGGCAAGGUGGCGUGGCGGCAGACGCCGUGGCACCACUCCCACGCCUCCCGCGGGCCGCCCCGCCCUCUCCGCCGGUUCUUGCAGGGUCUCGAUCCGAGGGCCACUUCGGACUUGUUCUCCAACUCGGUCUGCAUCGGCGAGAAGGCGAUCAACAACGAAGACUGCUUCGUCCUCAAGCUCGAAGCCGAGCCGUCUACGCUGAGGGCCAGGAGCAGCAGCAACGUCGAGAUAAUCCGGCACACGCUGUGGGGCUACUUCAGCCAGAGGACCGGCCUCUUGGUCCAGUUGGAAGACUCUCACCUCCUAAGGAUCAAGUCGUCGAGCUCCGAGAGCGUCUUCUGGGAGACCACCAUGGAGUCUCUGAUCCAGGACUACCGGACCAUUGACGGUAUAAACAUCGCUCACGCCGGGAGGACGUCGGUGUCCUUGUUUAGGUUCGGCGAGAACUCGGAGAGCCAUUCCAGGACGCGGAUGGAAGAGGUCUGGGCCAUCGAGGAGGUGGACUUCAACAUCAAGGGGUUGUCGAUGGACUGUUUCUUGCCUCCGGCUGAUCUUAAGAAGGAGGAGGACGCAUGCGGGGUCGUGCCCAGCUAUGCCCGAGUCCCGUUCAAUGUUCGGUCGAGCUCUAUGAAGAUGAGUGCUUCGAAAGUCGUCGCUUUGGACAUAAUCGACGACUCGUACAAUAUUGAAGGAGAUGAAGGGCUGUAAAUUGAACUUCGUUCAAUCCUCCAACAUCUUUUUGUAAAUACACGGACGAUCGCCGCGCGUCGCCUCGCGCGCAGAGCAGAGUUAUAUAGGUCAAAAUAUUCCAAGUUAAAAGCGACGAAAUGGUGUAUACCACGAUUUUCAUCCCAUGUCAUUGCUUUCUUUGAAUUCAUUCUAUAGAAAUAGAUACUCUCUGACACUUGCGUCCUAUAAAAUGUUGGGCAGAUAAGCCUUUGUACGCAAAAGAGAUUCCUGGCGACGGAGUUGAUAAUAUAUAUAGAUGAUUGGGCCUUUUCCUUGA